CUUACCCUCUUUACAAGGCACAUCCUCAGAGCACACCAUUAGAAACCACCACUGCCACCACCAGCACCACCCACACUGUCCAACCAGCACUCAGCUCCAACACUGCCCCAGGACUGCAGGAUGAGGAUCUGGUCAAGGGCCCAGUGUGGGGAAAGCAGUCUGGUGCUGCUUGGUCUUGUAACAUUGGCUUUCUCUCUGGGAAAUCUCUCAAGCAGAGGACAGGAAGAGGGUGUUGCCUCAAAUAGUCUAGAGGACGGGCUGGAGGUGAUCACAUACUGGUGGGGAGAAUGGACAAAAUGGACAGCUUGCACACGGAUCUGUGGAGGAGGUGUCAUGUCACAGGAGAGACACUGUCUUAAGCAAAGAAAGAAAACAACAACUGGUAAGGACAACAUGACGUGCUCAGGCAAUGCAAAAAAGUAUCAUCUCUGCAAUACAAAGGAAUGUCCUGCUACAGGGAGAAGCUUUAGAGAAGAACAGUGCUGGUCAUUCAAUUCUCAGGUUUACAAUGGAAAAUAUUACCACUGGAAACCUCUAUAUCCCGAUGACUACGUUCAUAUCUCCAGUAAUCCAUGCGACCUGCACUGCACCACCUCUGAUGGCCAAAGACAGCUGAUGGUACCUGCACGUGAUGGAACAUCCUGCAAGUACAGCAACUUCAGGGGAGUGUGUGUGAAUGGGAGGUGUGAACCUAUUGGAUGUGAUGGUGUCCUCUUCUCCCCUAACACUCUGGAUAAGUGCGGUGUUUGUCAGGGAGAUGGGAGCAGCUGCAGCCGUGUUACCGGGAACUUUCGUCGUGGGGCUUCUAGUCUGGGCUAUUCUUUCAUAACACAAAUCCCAGAAGGAUCAUGGGACAUCCAGAUUAUAGAGAGAAAGAAGUCUGCAGAUAUACUGGACAUACUUUGUUAUUUUCCAGCGGUGACUGACCAAGCAGGGAACUUUUUCUUCAAUGGUGCCUAUAAAGUGGACACCCCUCAGAACUUCCAUGCAGCAGGGACCAUUUUCAAGUACCGGCGGCCUACAGAUGUGUAUGAGACGGGAAUCGAGUACAUCGUGGCAAAAGGGCCCAUCGAUCAGCCCAUCAAUGUUCUGGUCUGGAACCAAAAUGGCCAUAAUCCUUACAUCACCUAUGAGUACACAGUGAUGCGGGACUCACUUCCUUCAGUCUCCCAGCCGCCCAUUUACACAGGUCGCAAUGGUGGAUCCAGUCUGGUUUCAAUGGAGAUUGGGAGUGCUUUACAUCACAAUGAAAGUGUAUAUGAUAAGGCAGUCCCUAAGAUGGAAGGAAUCCAUGUACAAACCGGGCCAAGACCUGUGGAGGGACAAAAGCCUGGUCAGGAGACCAAUGAAGUGUACGAGACAGCUGUCAUUGACUGUGAGCAGGAUGCUGAAACACCAGUCCAGUUUACAGAGGGAAACUGCAGCUGGCCCAGCGCAGUGGGAUCCCCUGAUGUUGCACCAGUAAACCGACCUGCAGAGGACCUGGUCAACUCUGAAAACCUCAUCUGGAGGGUACUGUUGGGAGAACGAGAUGGCUCAGAUGGUGUUCUUGUCAACAUCUCAACGAAUCAGCUUCUUACUCAUCGGGAUGGCUUGUCCUCUGAAGCAGGGCCAUUGGAAUUAGACUACAGCAGUUUUGAACAAGCCAGCCUUAAUGGCACACUGCUUGAGUUCACCUUGGGCCAUCGCCGAAAUGACACAGGGGACUUCAUUUCCCCAAACAGAACUUUUAUUACCAGUUUACGGAACAGCAAUCGCAACAAUCGCACCAGAAAUAACCACAGAUUCCUUCAGAAGAACAAACUAAGCCCUGCUGACAUGUACCGGUGGAAACUAUCUUCUCAAGAACCAUGCAGCAUGACAUGCUCAAUAGGAGUGUCGAAAUCAUUUGCAAUGUGUGUGCGGUAUGAUGGCAUUGAGGUGGAUGAUGUAUAUUGUGAUGCUUUGACUCGACCAGAGCCUGUUCAUGAUUUCUGCAUUGGUAGAGAAUGCCAGCCCAGAUGGGAGGCAAGCAGCUGGAGUGAGUGCUCUCGGACCUGUGGAGAAGGAUUCCAGUUCCGUCUGGUGCGCUGCUGGAAGAUUCUAGCUCCUGGACUGGACAGCUCCGUGUACAGUGACCUCUGUACAGAGGCUCAGUUAGAGCGCCCCCAAGAGCGCCGGGCCUGCAAAAGCCCCACCUGUGGCCCUCAAUGGGAAGUAGCUGAGUGGUCUGAGUGUCCAGCUAAAUGCGGCCGCAGAAGCUUGGUUACUCGGGAAGUCAGGUGCUCAGAUGAGACCCACACAUGUGAUGAGGCAACUCGCCCACCGUCUACCAAAAACUGCACAGGCCCUCCAUGUGAGCGCCAAUGGACAAUGUCUGAGUGGGGACCGUGCUCAGGCAUCUGUGGGCAUGGAAAAACAGUGCGGCACGUGUACUGCAAAACCCCAGAGGGCCGUGUGGUACCCGAGUCUCAGUGUUCACCUGAGAACAAACCUCUUGCCGUUCACCCCUGUGGAGAUAAUGAAUGUCCUCCACACUGGCUGGCCCAAGACUGGGAGAGGUGCAACACAACAUGUGGGCGUGGAGUGAAGAGAAGAACUGUGCUGUGUGUGGGCAUCACGGGGGGUAAGGUCCAAAUUCAUGAGGAUGAAGGAUGUGACAGCAGCAAGAAACCAGCAGAUGAUGACACCUGCUUUGAGAGGCCUUGUUUCAAGUGGUACACAACACCUUGGUCUGAGUGCACCAAGACUUGUGGUGUCGGUGUGCGAAUGAGAGACGUGAAGUGUUACCAGGGAAGAGAGCUUGUUCGUGGAUGCGACUCUUUGACCAAACCCGUUAACAAGCAGACCUGUGCACUCCAGCCAUGCCCCACAGAACCACCAGAUGAAAAUUGCCAGGAUCGUCCAACCACCAACUGCUCACUAGCUCUGAGGGUCAAUCUGUGCAGUCACUGGUAUUACAGCAAGGCCUGUUGCCAUUCUUGCCGCAAUCUCCGAGCUUCCUAGUCCUAAGCCAACAAAGAUAGAGCUGAGAAUUUUUCAUAAACACAGCCUGAAAUAAGAGCACUCCAUAAAAGUAAAAGCACACAUCCAGGAGUUUGAGCCUGGCAGAGUUCAGGCAAAGUUUCCACCUGUUCAUGACAUUCAUAUUGUUCCUGGUCAUGGAUUGGUGCAAAGAAGAGCACAGAAUGUUUCUAUCAGUAUUUGUUUUUAUCUUAAGCUAGCUACAGUCAGUAUUACAAAAAUGAUACCUAUUUUAUGACAAUGUCCUGUGAUUUUGGAAUGCAUGAAGAAAAUAUUAAAUUAUUUGGGUAUUGCUCAGAGGAUUAUAUUGCAUGUCAUAAAAGUAUUUAUAAUUCAUCAGAUUUAUUUGGACAUUUAUUAUCUGGCAGUGGUAGAGGUCAAUACUGAAUGUUACCUCUGGCUGAGAAGCCUGAUUUAGUACUGUACAUCCACUGCUGGCUCCUAAACUUUUCUGUUUACUUUUAUCCUGUUAAACUAUUUCUAAACCUAUGCUUAUGUUAAUUUAUUUGUAAGAGCAGGUGUUCUACUAUCUCAUGUUUUCUUCCCAUUCUGUCUGUAUCCAAUUCAAUAGUUUUUGUGUCAUUAAUUUUGAUUGAUGAUUGAUUCAGCAAAAUGUAAAAUGUGAGAAGAACACCUGAGAGCUUGACAUAACUUGACGAGUCAUUUCUUCCUUGUCAUUGCGUGAGUCCUGACACUUGAAACAUGCUAUAAUUAAAAAUGUAUCCAGUUCAUAUAUUGCU